CGGUCCUCGGCGGCGGCGGCGGCGGCGGCGGCGGCGGCGGCGCGCGGCCUGGGCUCGCGCUGGGCUCCGCGCGCCCCCCGCCCCCCUCUAUGAGGCAGAGGCCGCGGCGGCCGUUAGCGCUGUCGCUCCGGGGGCCGCGGCGGGCGGGGCUCCGGCGGGGCCCGGCCUAGUCCCCACCCCAGCCCGGCUCCCAGCCGCCCGCCCUCCCUCCCUCUCCCCGAUGCAGGGGGCCGAGCUCCGGGAUGGCGAGGCGGCGGCGGCGGCCGCUUCGUACCGCGUCCUGAGCCGCCUGCUCGGCUAUGGAGAGGCGGCCCCCGAGCCAGGCCCGCCGCCGCCGCCCCCGGGCCAUGGCCCCCCGCCGCCACCCUUCCUCGCGCGGCCCGGUCCGCGGGGCUCCCGGCCGCCGCAGCUGAUGGUGUUCCGCAACGUGGGUCGGCCGCCGGAGGAGGAGGACGCGGAGGCGGCCCCAGAGCCGGGACCCUCAGAACUGCUGUGUCCCCGGCACCGCUGUGCCCUGGACCCCAAGGCCCUGCCGCCGGGGUUGGCGCUCGAGCGGACCUGGGGCCCGGCGGCUGGACUGGAGGCGCAGUUGGCGGCUCUGGGGCUCGGGCAGCCGGCGGGGCCGGGGGUCAAGACGGUCGGUGCGGGUUGCUGCCCGUGCCCGUGCCCCCCGCAGCCGCCCCCUCCGCAGCCCCAGCCCCCUGCUGCCGCCCCGCAGGCCGGGGAGGACCCCACGGAAACGAGCGACGCGCUGCUGGUCUUGGAAGGCUUGGAGUCGGAGGCCGAGAGCCUGGAGACGAACAGCUGCUCGGAAGAGGAGCUCAGCAGCCCGGGCCGCGGAGGAGGAGGGGGAGGCCGGCUUCUGCUGCAACCCCCGGGUCCUGAAUUGCCCCCGGUGCCCUUCCCGAUGCAGGACUUGGUCCCCCCAGGGCGCUUCAGUAGAGGGGAGCAGCAGCAACCGCCCCCGCCCCCGCCUCCUCCCGGGCCCCUCCGGCCACUCGCGGGCCCUUCUCGGAAGGGCUCCCUCAAAAUCCGUCUCAGUCGCCUCUUUCGCACGAAGAGCUGCAACGGCGGCUCCGGAGGUGGGGAUGGGGCCGGCAAGAGGCCUUCUGGAGAGCUGGCUGCUUCAGCUGCGAGCCUGACGGACAUGGGAGGCUCCUCGAGCCGGGAGCUGGACGCGGGGAGGAAACCCAGGUUGACAAGAACUCAAAGUGCCUUUUCUCCGGUCUCCUUCAGCCCGCUAUUCACAGGUGAAACUGUGUCGCUUGUGGACGUGGACAUCUCUCAGCGGGGCCUGACCUCUCCACACCCUCCAACUCCCCCCCCUCCUCCGAGAAGAAGCCUCAGCCUCCUAGAUGAUAUCAGUGGGACGCUGCCUACAUCUGUCCUUGUGGCUCCGAUGGGGUCUUCCCUGCAGUCUUUCCCCCUACCUCCGCCUCCUCCACCCCAUGCCCCAGAUGCAUUUCCCCGGAUCGCUCCCAUCCGAGCAGCUGAAUCCCUGCACAGCCAGCCCCCCCAGCAUCUCCAGUGUCCCCUCUACCGGCCCGACUCAAGCAGCUUUGCAGCCAGCCUUCGAGAGUUGGAGAAGUGUGGUUGGUACUGGGGACCAAUGAACUGGGAAGAUGCAGAGAUGAAGCUGAAAGGGAAGCCAGAUGGCUCUUUCCUGGUACGAGAUAGCUCUGAUCCUCGUUAUAUCCUGAGCCUCAGUUUCCGGUCACAGGGUAUCACCCACCACACGAGAAUGGAGCACUACAGAGGAACUUUCAGCCUGUGGUGUCAUCCUAAAUUUGAGGAUCGCUGUCAAUCAGUGGUGGAGUUCAUUAAGAGAGCCAUCAUGCACUCCAAGAAUGGGAAGUUUCUCUACUUCUUGAGAUCCAGGGUUCCGGGACUGCCUCCAACUCCAGUCCAGCUGCUCUAUCCGGUGUCUCGAUUCAGCAACGUCAAAUCCCUCCAGCACCUUUGCAGAUUCCGAAUCCGACAGCUCGUCCGGAUAGAUCACAUCCCGGAUCUCCCACUGCCUAAACCUCUGAUCUCUUAUAUCCGAAAGUUCUACUACUAUGAUCCUCAGGAAGAGGUGUACCUGUCUCUAAAGGAAGCGCAGCUCAUUUCCAAACAGAAGCAAGAGGCUGAACCCUCCACGUAGCGAGGGGCCCCCUGCUAGUCGCCACCAAGGGCAUUUGGUUGCCAAGCUCCAGUUUUGAAGAACCAAAUGAAGCUACCGUGGAGGGGAGUGAGGAAGAACGAAGGAACGGGAAGGGCGGAGACCCUCUGUGCAAGGACUUUGGCUCCCCUCGCCGCUCUGGGGCUUGGAAGAAGCACACAACCACACUCUUUGAGCGGGGGCUCCGCCUCUUCGUGUCCGGCCCCUGUGCUAUCCUGGAACUGGACGAGCUCCUUGGAAAACUGGAAGAAGUCUCAACACUGUUCCUUUUUUAGAAGUUUUGUUUUGGGUAUUUGCAUUUCUCCGUAUGGAAAACUUCCUUUAAAGGCAGCUGGGGUUUGUGCCCAUUGGGCUGGAAGUGGCACCAAGGGCGAGACAGGUCCAGGGGAGGGGAGAGGAGGAGGGAUUGCCAGUGAUGGUCAUUCAGCUGGUGCCAAAGGCAGAGUGCGCGCGUUCACCAUUGACCUUGAAGAAGGAGAGAGGAGGAGUCAGAAGUGUAAAUCAAGUGGGGAGUUUCUGAGAGAUGUGAAUCUGCCUCUCUUUAAGCAUGGGUAGCCUCAGUAGCAGCAGGAAAGAAAGGAGGGUGGGUGGUCUCGAACAGAAGACUGCUGAACAAAAACCGGCAAAGGGCCCGCCCCUGCUGGGGAAAGUAGUGGCUCCUCACAUCCUUUCCUUCUAAGGUUUUACAUGUGAUUUCAGCAUCACCUCUCAUAGAAGCUGUGCCAGUUUUGUCUUACGGAAUUCCUAAGUUCUGUGACCUCAAGCCAGUCCCAUUCUUCCUCCACCUGCCACCCUCCACCCCUCCCCUCGAGAUGACUGUACAUUUCACUCCGAUCAUGGCAACAUCGUUCCUAUUGCCUCUGCCAGCUGUCAAGGCAAUGGAGUUUCUCAUCACCUGAGCAGUUGAGAGCCCUCAUCAUGAGCUGCUGAAGUUAAUGGAGCAUGCUUCUAGAUUCUUAAUGGCAGGCUGUACCCGUGACUUAGGAGUCAGUGGUACUUCCCUCCAUAUGUCUGUCAGCUAGUGAGAGGGAACAUGGAGGACGGUGAGAAACGAAGCUGUUGUACUUGCGCUCUUCCGAGAAGAAGCUCUCCAGUGUCUCAGCCUUAAUGGAACGUCGUUGGAUCAGAGAGGAGGAGAGCAUUACAUCUCCUGUUUUUAGGUUUAUCGCUGUUGUCCCACUUCCGUGACGGGAGGUAGCAAGAGCUUUUUUAUUUUCCUGUGUCUUUUCUAGCAACCCAAGCAUUCUCGUGAGUCAGAUCCUGUUGGCCCCCCUUCGUGGGGCAGUGUGUCAGAUGCUGAUUUGGGAGUUGCCCACCUUCCAGGUAGAAGUGGAGGAGGAGGGAGAAAGACUCCAGCGCUUUUCAGUGGUCUUUGAUUUUUUUUCUGAAGCGGGCCAUUGUCAAAUCAUACGAUAUGAGUUUGCUUUUCUAUAGAGUUACUCUGGGGAGAGGUUUGCUAUUAAGAUGUGAAAAUCAAGCUGUUUGGGUCUUUAUUGUUCUUUUGUAGUAAUAUUCCAUUAGACUGCCUUUUUUGGUUCCCCUGUGCUUAUAUCUGCCUCAUCUCAUGAGAUAAAAUAAUAUGGUCAGGUUUGUGGUUUCCUGAUGGUUUGGGGGUGAGGCCCCAGUGUCUCGGUAAUUUAUAGGACUGUCUCAUCUAGAAGUGUUGGCCUUCUGCCUUAUGUCCUGCAUGGAAUGGCCAGUCUUCCUCCUUGUAGUGGAAUUGGGAGGAGACUUGCAGUGUUACCUGUGUGUAAGCAUAAGGCAAGAGGGGGCCCACAAAAUGAGCUUGUAGUGUAAACACAGCCCACCUUUGUGUUGUUGUGAGGUACCUCUUCUCUCCUUGAAUUCUGGGUGGUACUGCCCGCCAAUUAAGAUAGUGAUCCCAGAAAUUGGCUUAGUCUGUGAGUCUUGCCUCUUGGGGGUGCAGAUUAACUUGCCAUCUUGCAGAAAGUGCCACCCAACAGUAGACCAUAUAUCUGGAAUCCAGUGGGAUCCUUGAGUGGCUGAUGUGCAGCUCUUUGGGAUUCUUUAUAUAUAUAUAUAUAUGUAUAUAUAUAUACAUAUAUAUGUAUAUAUACACACACACACACACACACACACACACAUACCAUUUCACCCACCCAUCACUUAAAAUUCUUUUUCUUAGUGUGUUUGCCUGGCUCUGGGCUAGAUACUGUGGAAAACACAAGAGGGGAAAGACAUGAUGUCUGGCCUAAUGGAUCUUUUAGGUGACUGCCAUCCAUGAAGCAAUUGGAGAGCAUGGCAGAAGAGUCAAGGGCUGUCUUUAAAGAAAUUCAGAUGGUUAAGAUCGGGGUAGGCGAGGUGGUCUAGGAGAGCUCUUUGGUGGUGAGGCGUUGGAUCCUGGGCGAGGGUAGGACAGUGAGACAGGAAACACGUGAAUGGAAGGCUGGAAGCGGAGAUCUGCAGGCUGUGUGCUGAGUAGUGUGUGCAGCCCCAAUCCAGAGCAGCAGCGUCAGUCCCUCCUUUCUCAGUUUAGAUGGAAACUUCCUAGCAUCAGGCAGAUCUGAGUACCGAGGGCUUGUGAUGGUGAAGUGGAACCCAAAGCCGGAAGUCAGCUGGCUCCUGCCCACGACCAGGGGCCUCACUGUCCUCAGCACAGUCUGGGUGCUACCCUUUGUAGGACCAGGGGUUUCCGCUGGAGGAUUCAGACAUUCAGGUCUAGAAGCAAACCUCAGCUGAAGAGGCAUGACCCAACCUCACCACCGUCCUUCUUUCUCCUCCUGGGAAAGGGUAACGUAGACCUGUGUCCAUGAUCUGUUGGUGCGCUAGUCACGGCCCAGGCUGUAGCCUCGUCCUUCCUCAGGGUGGGCUGCGAGACAGUUGCACAGAGGGGAGACAGACUCUCUCCGGAGAUGAGGGGGAGGAAGAGGCGGGAGUGGGGCAGCCGGCUGAGGGACCGGCCUGGUGAGAGAGCAGAGAGAGAGCAGGAGCGGCUGGCCUGUCGCCAGCACUUCCGCUCAGCUCUCCGGGCUGGGCCCACCCCUCCUUUGCCAGUUCUGUGUCGUGCUCGUGCUCGUUGAGAGGCGGUCCACAGACGGAACUCAUUCCUCUUUGAUUGUUGUGUUUGAAAGUCACAAACUGGAAAAGGUUCUCACCUCUAGGGACCCACCAUUGAUUUCUAAGUUGUGGAUGGGUCCUUGCUCGUGUGAGCCUUACUUGUUAGCGGUCAGCCUACCGCAACCUUCCUCAGGACAGGUGUGAACCACCGUAAGCUAGUGACAACUACUGCUACGAUUUGCUGUUACUUGAAAUUCGCGGGCUGUGGCAAGAACACAGAGUGAGGAGGGUGGGGCUUUGCUGUGAGGACUAGGCAAGUGGGGGGCGACGGGGAGUUUGGGACCGUUGACGGCGGCCUUCGCCCGUUGGCCAGCUGGCGCCUAGACCUACUGAACGUGAGCCAUGGACGGCAGCGUGCAGGCCCCUGAGAGGAGAGGCUGGGCGGGAGCUCGCCACCAGGUUUCCUCUCCCCUUGUCCUUCCUUUCGCUGGGGCUCAUGGUGGCCCUUGCCAAGGAUGGGAGUGGUGUGGGGACGGCUGCAAACACACUCACGGUGCCCAUCCACGAAGAUCGGGGGAGCAGGGAUGGUGCUUGGUGUUGGCAGAUCUGAACGUGAGAGCCUGGAGGAGAGCUGGAUGCCUUGGGGUGCCCUCAGCCGAGGCCCUCAGGGGAGCCAGGCUGCUCGAAGCCCUCGGGUCCCAGCAGGAAAUGGGGAUGGGACUUUUCCCUCCAGUUACAUCCUUCUGCACUGCUGCCUCCUCCUUGGCCUCAGGCCCUGAAGUUGGAGGACUAGGUGUUGGGAUAAAGCUCCAUGGCUGCAGGAAGGAGGUCUGAAAGUCAGCGUGCGUCUGCGUGUGUGUGUGUGUGUGUGGUUGUGUGUGUGUGUGCGUGUCUUCAUUUGCGGAGGUCUUGCCACCAGUUGGGGUGUUGAGAGCAUCUCCAUCGUGGGGAGACCUGCCAUUUGUUUUCCACUUUUAAGAGAAUGACAUGCCCCCUGUCCCUAAGGGAGGAGCUUCUGAGUUAGACAUUUUCCCUAUGGGAAUCCUCUUGGUUUGGUUUGUGGGAAAGGGGGGGAAUGGAUAAAUGAUUUUUAUCUCUAAUUGUCAACACAGCUGUUCUUACACUGAAUUUGUGCUAUUGCAUACAUGUAGCCAUCUUUCUUUUCACUGCAGCAGUGUUUAUCAGUAGUUCAAAAUGAUUUAUUUGCUCCUGGGGAGUAAAAUCUUUUUUAUUAAAAAAGAAAAAGAAAAAAAAAAAAGAAAGAAAGCAAAGCGUGGCUCCCUCCCCCUGUGAUAGCUGUAGGAUUAGUGGGCCUCAAAGAAACUCAAGAAGGCAAAGUCGAGUCUGCCAGUCCCCGUGACCUAUCCCGUUUUGCCAUCGGAGCCCUCGUGCUCAGCACAAAAGGACAGGAAGCCUUGAGAAGAUGGAGAGUAAAGCAUUGGGAGGAGUGAGGUGGGGUUUGGGCCGUAGAGACGGAGGCACUGGGGACUCAGGUGCUUCAGUUCGAAGAACAGAGUAAAGUGUAUUUAAAAUACCGAUUGUGUAAUCUGCGAGGGAAAGACCUUUCUUUACAUACAGAUUCCAUACUGUCUUUGUCCUUUCCAUCGCUUCUUGACCUUCCUGGGAGGUGCCGGCCCAGUUGCUCCCUGCUUCCCGUCCGUCCUGUCCUCUGUACCCCUUCUCUCCUCCCUUCCCACCCCCAUCUACCUCUGGGAAGCCAGUCCUGCAUGCUGAGUCUGUGACUUGCCUUCAUGCUCAUUUCAUCUCUGUUAGAGGGUACCUGGAGCUGCUCCCUCCCCGCUCCCUCCCAAGUGCCAAGAGGCAUGAAGGGGCAGGUAAAAAGCAGCCAGCCAUGGAAGACGCGAAUGUCUGGUUGCAGCUGGACUGCAGCCUUGGCUCCUGGAGAGAGAGUGUGAAGAAAACCUAGGACACUCUUGUUCGGAACCCAGGAUAAUCACACGCCGCCCGCCCAGCUCGGGUGGGGCAGGAAGGCUGGUCUGGCUACUCCAUCCCUGGUGCUCCCUUCAACGGGGACCUGCCCCUCACCGUUCGGCCCAGAAGCUUUUUCAAGGGACAACAUAAUCCAGGCACCGCUCUGUGGGCAGGCCGGUCGUCGGAGCGCCCACGCUGGUGCUGCCCGUGGCACAGCCACUGCUGUACAUUUUUUGGUUGUUUUUAAGAAACUCAAUGAAGAGGGGUGUCAUUCUGGGCUCAGGGUGGUUGCCAGUUCUUUCCCAGAAGGGGAGCUGCACCCCCUGCAACCGCCUCUGUCCCGUUUGCCACCCUGCCCUCCUCCAAGCCAAAGUGUGGCCUGGCUUUUGUCUUCCCCUUUAGUUUUCCUCCUCUCUCCCCCCCCCACUUUUUGUGCUUAAUUUAUUAAAAUAGUUGCUGUAUAAUUUAUUUUCAUAAACGAUAAAAAAUUACUAAAUGGUUAAAAUAGACUUGCAGGCCAAUCUUAAACGGGGCGGGAGGGUCUGUGGGGCGGGUGGGGUGGGGAAAGGGAAAGAUGUUUUGAUAUAAACAAAUGCACUUUGGGUGUGUUUUGGUAUUUUUCUGGGGAUAGAUGGGUGGGUGUUGGGAUGUCCCUGUAGAUCAGUUCCAGAAUGGGGUGUCUGUAUAUACUGUAUUAAUAGGCAUGUUUGACUCUCAUAAAGGGAUGUUAGUAGCUCUGCUGCAGGUCCUGUUUGGAAACCCCACGUACAACUCCCAGUUUUUGUAAGUGUCAGUGCGGGGGACAUUUGACUCUUGUGUUUGUAUCUCCUUUUUAUGAUUGCUGUACUGACCCAUGUCUUUCGGGGGAGGGGUGAAAAGAGAUUUGAAAUAAAAAUGUUUAGAAAUUA